GGAGGGAGGUGUUUAUGAGGCGCUGGGGGCGGAGGAGGCGAAUUAGUCCGAGGGGAGAGAGCGAACUGAGUGGUUGUGUGGUCGCGUCUCGGAAACCGGUAGCGCUUGCAGCAUGGCUGACCAACUGACUGAAGAGCAGAUUGCAGAAUUCAAAGAAGCUUUUUCGCUAUUUGACAAAGAUGGUGAUGGAACUAUAACAACAAAGGAAUUGGGAACUGUUAUGAGGUCUCUUGGGCAGAAUCCCACAGAAGCAGAGUUACAGGACAUGAUUAAUGAAGUAGAUGCUGAUGGUAAUGGCACAAUUGACUUCCCUGAAUUUCUGACAAUGAUGGCAAGAAAAAUGAAAGACACAGACAGUGAAGAAGAAAUUAGAGAAGCAUUCCGUGUGUUUGAUAAGGAUGGCAAUGGCUAUAUUAGUGCUGCAGAACUUCGCCAUGUGAUGACAAACCUUGGAGAGAAGUUAACAGAUGAAGAAGUUGAUGAAAUGAUCAGGGAAGCAGAUAUUGAUGGUGAUGGUCAAGUAAACUAUGAAGGUAAAUCUUUCACUUUCAUCACCACAUUCUUCACUUUGAUUUUUAAGAUAAAAGGUGCUUGUUAGGUAACUGAUCGAAAUUAGUGACCCUUCCCCCCAAAUUAGGAUGCUAAAACAGUUACUUAUAUUUAACCUUCUUAAAAUUCAGAGUGUUGUCUACAGACUAGGUAACAUUGCUCUGACUUGAGAACUUAAUUUAGAAAUACUUACUAUCGGGUUCUGCCCCUACACCUGGAAUCAGCAUUUUAAUAGGAUUCUUGGGUGAUUCAUAUAUAAAGUUUGAGAAGCACUGUUCAGUGUUUGUGUUGGAUUGUGGAACAAUGUGGAAAGCAAACUUAUUACGAGUUUCCUAAAAUGAAAUUAAUGUGACUUUCUUUCCCCGCACUGUAUUAUCUUUUUUCUUUAAUUGGCUUUAGUCUGAAACUGCAGUUUACGUGUGCUUCAAAAGUAUUGUAUCUAUUAACUUUAAGAUGGCCAUAUCAGGAAGCAAGGCAUUUAGAAAUUGAAGGAUUUUCAGUAAAACUUUGUAUGUUUUUCAUGAUGUAACUACUUAACUUAGAAAAGAGCAUAAAAUUUAAUGUUAUAAAAAUUAAACCUAGCCCAUAGCACUGAAUUUAGAAUAUUGUCUUGUAAUCCAGCAGACUUAAAAUUCAAGUCUAAACUAAGAUAGAGCCAAGAAUGCUCUUUUUAUAUUGGCCUAUCUAAAGCGUUAAUUUGGCUCUUAUUAAUAAUCCUGAAUAGUUAAUGGUUAAUGAAGUUCCAGCCUGGGCAAUAAACUAGCUUCCCUCUGUACUUAAUGUUAAUUCUGAGGAAAGAGAGGAAUGGAAGGAGUACUCAGUAAUUGAGUAAAUGUGAUUUUUUUUUUUUUUGUCUUUUGCUAUUGACUCAAAUUUUUUGUGUACUUCUUGUUUUUCAGAGUUUGUACAAAUGAUGACAGCAAAGUGAAGACCUUGUACAGAAUGUGUUAAAUUUCUUGUACAAAAUUGUUUAUUUGCCUUUUCUUUGUUUGUAACUUAUCUGUAAACGGUUUCUCCCUACUGUCAAAAAAAUAUGCAUGUAUAGUAAUUAGGACUUCAUUCCUCCAUGUUUUCUUCCCUUAUCUUACUGUCAUUGUCCUAAAACCUUAUUUUAGAAAAUUGAUCAAGUAACAUGUUGCAUGUGGCUUACUCUGGAUAUAUCUAAGCCCUUCUGCACAUCUAAACUUAGAUGGAGUUGGUCAAAUGAGGGAACAUCUGGGUUAUGCCUUUUUUAAAGUAGUUUUCUUUAGGAACUGUCAGCAUGUUGUUGUUGAAGUGUGGAGUUGUAACUCUGCGUGGACUAUGGACAGUCAACAAUAUGUACUUAAAAGUUGCACUAUUGCAAAACGGGUGUAUUAUCCAGGUACUCGUACACUAUUUUUUUGUACUGCUGGUCCUGUACCAGAAACAUUUUCUUUUAUUGUUACUUGCUUUUUAAACUUUGUUUAGCCACUUAAAAUCUGCUUAUGGCACAAUUUGCCUCAAAAUCCAUUCCAAGUUGUAUAUUUGUUUUCCAAUAAAAAAAUUACAAUUUACCCAA